AUGUUUGACGGAAGUCAGAGCAGAUUUGGUAAAAAAAACAGCACAGAAAUUACCAUGGCAAUCGUUCUGUCGGAAACCUACACACAUCACAUGAUCAACCACACAAGUCAAACAUGUGGAGACCUUCUCUUUUCGAGAUCGACGUCAUCUUGGACAGAAUGUGCCCUAAUUUGCCUCCUUCAAAUCGUUUGCUAUAUGUUUGAAUUCUCCGAGGUGACUAAUGAUUGUGACGUGUACACCGGAAUCGCCACUUUCAAUACUUUACCGUCUCAGUUUGCUGUACCACGUGUGGUGUACAAAGGUGAUACAAGUAUCAACAAAAUGUAUUUCUACAUUGGUCUGACGGAUGCUGUGAAGGAAGGACAAUGGAAAUGGAUUGAUGGUACUCCAUUUGAGAGACAAAUGUGGUCAAACGUAGGCUUUAAUAACUUCGAUGGAAAUUACCCUGACAUGCACAGUGCAGAUUGUGCAGUACUCGGUGUGCCAAAUUUGUUUGAUGAAUAUUGCAAUGGUGCUCGUAAAUUUAUUUGCGAGAGACCUCAUCUUGUGUAG